GUUUAUUAUUGUAGGGCAAUAUAAAUAAUGAGAACAAUCGUGCUUAGAAUCUCGGAUUAUAAAAUACAGGUGGACGAUGGAGAACAACCGAACAAGAGGAAAAGGGAAAGGCAAAGCAAAAACAGAGGAGAGAAGACUAGGAAAUCGUCGAAUUCUUGGAGAUAUUGGUAACCUUGAAGUGCUUAAAACUACUGAUGGCAAGCACAUUUCACGGCCUAUCACAAGGAACCUUUGUGCAAAACUUUUGGCAAAUUCACAAUCUACUGCAAACUUUCCGCUGGUUCCAAAAGCCCAAGCUAAUGAACGAGGAACUGCACAAGGAAAUAAGAACUUUGUUCAACUUGAAUUAGACAGUACAGCAAGUGUUCACAAGAAGCAUGGUUUAGAGGAAAGCGGUGAGAACGAUAAUGAAAGAAAGUUUAAGAAAAGAUCUUGUAGGAAAGUCAUGACUCUAACUGCAGAAAUUACUGCACAGAGCAAGGCUGCUAGAGAAGUCUUGUCUAAGCCUGAUGAACAGCAUGUUGACAUCAAUGCAGACAAUGGUAAUAUUGAUUUGGCAGUGGCUGAGUACCUUGAUGAUUUAUACAUAUUCUAUAAGCUAACAGAAGAUGAGAGCCGAAUUUCAGAUUACAUGAACUCACAGAAUGAAAUCAAUGAGAAGAUGAGGUCCAUUACCGUGGACUGGCUCAUUGAUGUGCACUGGAGAUUUAACCUAAUGCCUGAGACACUCUAUCUUACCAUAAACAUAAUCGAUCGAUACCUCUCAUUGACAGUAAUACCAAAAGCAGAAUUACAGUUGGUGGGCAUUUGCUCAAUGCUCCUAGCUUGCAAAUAUGAAGAGAUAGUAACUCCUAAGGUUAAGGUCUUUGCUAAACUAACAGAUGAUGCUUACACCAACAAACAGAUAGUGGACAUGGAAAAUGCAAUCCUUGAAAAGUUAGAAUGGUAUCUAACAGUUCCCACACCCUACAUGUUCUUAGAUCGAUUCAUCAGAGUUCCUGAGCAGCCAGAUAUUGAGCUGAAGAACAUGGUUUUUUUCCUGGCUGAACUUGGUCUUAUGCACUAUCAAAUUGUUCUGCACUGCCCCUCAUUGAUAGCUGCAGCAACAGUCCUUGCUGCACGUUAUGCACUCAAUCGGAAUCCAUUCUGGACUGAAAUACUAAAACUCAGGACUGGCUAUGUUGCAGAACAGAUAAUGGAAUGUUCAAAGAUGUUAAUCAGAUUUCGGUCAAGUGCUGCGGAUUCUAAAUUGGAUACCGUGAUCCAAAAAUUCUCAAGUCCAGAGAGAGGAGCUGUUGCACUUUUACCUCCGCCAGAUCCCAAACACCAAGUCAAUAAUCUCACCUGAAUUUUUUAAUAAGUAGUCGCUUUUAUAAUUUUGGAUUUCAGACCUCAAAUUUUGAUAAGAGUACCGAAGUACAG